AUGACUGAGAAAGUUGUAAAGUGUGUUGUCGUAGGAGACGGAAUGGUGGGUAAGACCUGCCUCAUCCUCCGCUACAUCCUUGACGAUCUAAGCAGUAUGGAUGUCUAUAUACCAACUAUUGCGGACACCUACACCUCCAAACUGAAGGCUGGGAAUACCUCCGUUGUAUUCAAUCUCUUGGACACAGCUGGUCAACAGGAGUAUGCGCGAUUACGACAACUGUCCUAUCCCCAAACUGACAUCUUUAUUGUCUGCUUUGCCGUGAAUGACACCGAUUCCUAUCAAAAUGCACGAGAAUUGUGGAUUCCAGAGGUCCGACACUUCUGCCCAAAUGCGUUGAUUCUUCUGGCAGGGACUAAAACGGAUAAAAGAGGUGCCGAUGGACAGGAGCAGCCAAUUAUCUCCACAUCUAAGGGGCAUCGACUGGCGAGUCGUAUAAAAGUUGCUGGUUACGUUGAAUGCUCAGCAAUCACAGGCGAGGGAGUAAAAACCGUUUUCGAUACAGCUAUCAGACUGACUUUGACCCGCAAAAUUCAUCCCAAAAGGCGCGCCUGCUCCAUUAUGUAA